AUGUACGUUGUCGCCUUGCUCCUUGCUUCAACAUUUGCCCUCUGUGGUCUUGCCACUCCUCUCGUUGAGGGACCCACCCCCGCUUUCAAGAACGAAGUUAUUUCCCUUCACAAUAAGGCCCGAGCUCACUAUGGAGCCCGCCCAGUUACGUGGAAUGAUGCUUUAUAUCCAGCUACUCUCCAAUGGGCAAACGCCUGCAAGUUCCAGCACAGUCAAUCUGGAGGGAAGUACGGAGAAAAUCUGUUUGCCGCGUCCGGCAACAACGUGAACUUCGCUCAAAGUAUCAAUGGGUGGAUGAGUGAAUCUGCCAAGUACAAUUGUACGAAGUUUUUAAAAGCUUGGUACACGACGCCCACAAUUAUUGACUUUCCCAUCAUUAACAGAUAA